AUUUCCAUUAGUUUUACCUGAUACAUAUGUUAAGUGAAGAAGUAUAUUUUACCUGUGAAAAUGAAAAUGGAACAAAAUUGUAUACAAUGUGUAAUAGUUGGAGAUGGAAUGGUUGGGAAAUCACACUUAGCAAAAUGUUUUGUGGGACAAUCUUUGCAGGAAGAUUAUAUUGCUACAGUUUUUGAAAAUUAUGCAGGAACAAUAGCAGUUGCCGGUAGUAAAUAUACGAUUGGUAUUUUUGAUUCAGCAGGACAACAAGAUUAUACAAAUCUUCGAGCCUUUAGCUACAGAGACAGCGAUGUGUUCAUACUGUGCUACAACAUAGCUGAUAGAGAAUCUUUUAAAAACAUUAAAUCUUUUUGGAUACCAGAAAUUAAACAGUACAAUGUGAAGAAAAGGCCUAUUAUAUUAGUGGCUACUCAAAGUGACACUCGGGAUAUUUACGAAGACUCUGUGACAUCUGAUGAAGGUGUUGAAUUAGCCAAAGACAUAGGAGCAGAAUGUUUGAUAGAAACAUCAGCCAUUACAAAAGAGGGUACAACGGAAACCUUCGAAAGGGUAGUCAUGUCAGCGUUAAAACAUAAAAAGAAAAAGUACAAAAUAUUCCAGAGACUUUUUAAGAAGUAAAAUGGUUGACAUCAUUGACUUUCUGUUAAUUUUUAUAUAAAUUAAUAGAAAAACAGACCAACGAAAGUACCUCAUGCAAUACAUAUCCGAGUAGUUUUACACAAACUCGAAAAGGCCUUUUUUCGGGAGUGUGCAAUAAUUUGUGCCAAAUACUGUGAUACGAGUCCAUUCCAAUUUGUUUUGUUUUUAUUGUUUUACAAAGCUGCUGGUCAGCAUAUAUGUUAUAUAUUUAUUGUCAAUAAAAAUGACUUAAUACAUCUG